AUGGAAAAUAAAAUUUCAGUUCAACAUUUUCCAGCACGCGCUCACAAGACUUCACGAUCCAAAUGGCUGUCUGAAAAUCUAAAAUAUGAUUUUAAAAUUGAGCCUUAUCCAGCACGCGUUGUUCCUAAGACCCCGCGGCCUAAAAAGCUCCCUAAAAAUAAAGACGACCCAAAUUUUAUUCCUAUACGUAUUCAGAUGCCGAACGCAUCUGAAAUAAAUAUUGAGGAAUUCAUUAACCGUCCACACGAAAAAAUUGGCAAUAAAGGCCCUAACUGUUUCUUUGUGUAUCGCCGUGUGUUUACGAAGGAGCUUUUACGACUUAACCAUAAGCUAGAAAUGAUUGACGUUUCAAAGAUGGCGGGCUACCAAUGGGAAAACGAAGAUAUAAAAGUUCGCGAUGAAUACAAGAAAAUCGCUUCGAUGAUCGACGAAAAACUUAAGGAACUUAGGCGCGGAAAACCAAGAGCCUAUCGCUACAAAUUUAUCCACUAUGACCAACAGGAACCUAAUCCUCCUCCUCCCUUAGAACCUAUCCAACAGUUUGUUGUAGAUAAGGAAUUUUUGAGGG